AAAUAGGUGGCUAGUCUCGACCACAGGGUGCAAGCUGCAGGCUGCAGGAGAGGACAUGUGAGAAAUACGCAUACAGAGGUAGCACCGGAGACGAAGUGGGAUCUGGCAGCGAGAAUGAAGAGUCGCGGAUAACAGCAGCUAUCUGAAGAGGUGGUGAUUCCAUCAUGCAAGCGAAUGGGUAGGAACAAGCACUGAGAGCCGGGCAGGGGGAUGCGGAGUGAGGGGAGAUGCUGAGGUCAAGGUCUCCCAGGCUACUAUGGAAGGAGCCAAUGGGCAGCUGGAGAUUUAGGUCUGGAAGUGAGAGAAAUAAUCAGCUAUGAAGGUACAGACUUGGCCACAAACAUAUUGAAGGCACGAGAGUGGUUGAAUUUGUCUAGGGAGAAUGCAAAGAACAGAAGGUGAUAGAACUGUAGCAAAACCCAACUAUUGAGGAAAAUAUUUUCAUGCCUGCAAAAAGAGAUAUCGAACUGCCUCCUUUAGAAACCUACUUGGGUAAGGGCUUUCAUUACAAGUAAGGCAAGUUGUCAUUACUGGUGGGGGAAAAAUUGGUACUGCGAAACCAAUUUAUUUCCUACCACAUGUGAGGUUUUGAAUAAUAUCUGGGUGGCAUAUUUCUGCUGAAGAAAAUAAGCCAGUUCAAUGGUGUAUCUAUUAAAUAAAAAUAGCGCUAAUAGUUUAUCAGAGUUAUCACCACAGAUGUGCCUAGCCACCCUGAGCCCACGUGGCCAAUGUCAGUAAUUCCACUCUGGACACAAACACUGUUGGCUUUGGGUGGAAGUGCCGGACACUCACAGCACUCUGAGGACAUACUGUUUUCUAGCCUUAUUUAUGUUCCCUCUUCACCCUUCAGCCUAAAAAUUACCACAGUGCCACUUACCUACCUUAAUGGGAAUCUGCACAAAAGGCCAUUUCUCCAGUUUCUCUCAAAAGCAAAGGAAAACUUCCCAAUAUUAAUAUGUAGCAAAAAGAGGGAGAAGAAAAAGCCUAUUUGGUCCGCCCUCCUGGCUGUUGCUACCUUGCAGCUUAUGACAUACACACAGAGGGAGUUCUGACGAAAUGAACGAGGCAGUCAGAGAGCUACUCCAUUCCCGUGGAAACCAGGAGUCCCUUGGUGCAGACAGCUCUUCCUACUUUCCCAUGCAGUUCUUUUGUGCGACUUUGAGGGGCUCGUGAAUGAUUUCUAAAUGUGUGCCUGCUGAGGCGAGCCGCACAGGGAGGGAGGAACCCAGCCGAGCCGUGCCAGGGGAAGCCAACAGGAUCCUAGCAGUGCGGGAGCUGGCUCAGCUCUUGUAUGCAGUUUUUGAAGUCAGCAAAACAGAAACCAAAUUACUAUCAUAUUAUGCUGGUGGAAGAUCAAGAAGAGGGGACUCUACACCAGUUUAAUUACUGUGAGAGAUGCAGCGAGUCACAGAAUAACAAAUGUAUCUCAUGUGUGGACCCUGAAGAAAAAUGGUACCGGUGGCCUCUGCCGAGCAAGCUUUGCGCAGUCUGGAUUUACCUGGACGUGCUCUUCUCCACGGCCUCCAUCAUGCAUCUCUGCGCCAUCUCGCUGGACCGCUACGUCGCCAUCCAGAAUCCCAUCCACCACAGCCGCUUCAACUCCAGAACUAAGGCAUUUCUGAAAAUCAUUGCUGUUUGGACCAUAUCAGUAGGUAUAUCCAUGCCAAUACCAGUCUUUGGGCUACAGGACGAUUCGAAGGUCUUUAAGGAGGGGAGUUGCUUACUCGCCGAUGAUAACUUUGUCCUGAUCGGCUCUUUUGUGUCAUUUUUCAUUCCCUUAACCAUCAUGGUGAUCACCUACUUUCUAACUAUCAAGUCACUCCAGAAAGAAGCUACUUUGUGUGUAAGUGAUCAUGGCACACGGGCCAAAUUAGCUUCUUUCAGCUUCCUCCCUCAGAGUUCUUUGUCUUCAGAAAAGCUCUUCCAGCGGUCGAUCCAUAGGGAGCCAGGGUCCUACACAGGCAGGAGGACUAUGCAGUCCAUCAGCAAUGAGCAAAAGGCAUGCAAGGUGCUGGGCAUCGUCUUCUUCCUGUUUGUGGUGAUGUGGUGCCCUUUCUUCAUCACGAACAUCAUGGCCGUCAUCUGCAAAGAGUCCUGCAAUGAGGAUGUCAUUGGGGCCCUGCUCAAUGUGUUUGUUUGGAUCGGUUAUCUCUCUUCAGCAGUCAACCCACUAGUCUACACACUGUUCAACAAGACCUAUAGGUCAGCCUUUUCACGGUAUAUUCAGUGUCAGUACAAGGAAAACAAAAAACCAUUGCAGUUAAUUUUAGUGAACACUAUACCGGCUUUGGCCUACAAGUCUAGCCAACUUCAAAUGGGACAAAAAAAGAAUUCAAAGCAAGAUGCCAAGACAACAGAUAAUGACUGCUCAAUGGUUGCUCUAGGAAAGCAGCAUUCUGAAGAUGCUUCUAAAGACAAUAGCGACAGAGUGAAUGAAAAGGUGAGCUGUGUGUGAUAGGCUAGUUGCCGUGGCAACUGUGGAGGGCACACUGAGCAAGCUUUCACCUAUCUGGAAAAAAAAAAAUAAGAGAUUGGAAAAAAUUAGACAAGUCUAGUGGAACCAACAAUCAUAUCUGUAUGCCUCAUUUUAUUCUGUCAAUGAAAAGCGGGGUUCAAUGCUACAAAAUGUGUGCUUGGAAAAUGUUCUGACAGCAUUUCAGCUGUGAGCUUUCUGAUACUUAUUUAUAACAUUGUAAAUGAUAUGUCUUUAAAAUGAUUCACUUUUAUUGUAUAAUUAUGAAGCCCUAAGUAAAUCUAAAUUAACUUCUAUUUUCAAGUGGAAACCUUGCUGCUAUGCUGUUCAUUGAUGACAUGGGAUUGAGUUGGUUACCUAUUGCUGUAAAUAAAAAUAGCUAUAAAUAGUGAAAAUUUUAUUGAAUAUAAUGGCCUCUUAAAAAUUAUCUUUAAAACUUACUACAGUAUAUAUUUUGAAAGGAGAAAAAAAGACACUAAGGUCAGUGUUAUAAAAUCUGUAUUGCUAAGAUAAUUAAAUGAAAUACUUGACAACAUUUUUCAUUCCUGCUUUUUCAUAGAUACCAUUUUGAAAUAUUCACAAGGUUGCUGGCAUUUGUUGCAUUUCAAGUUAAUUCUCAGAAGUGAAAAAGAUUUCAAAUGUUAUUCAAUAACUAUUGCUGCUUUCUCUUCUACUUCUUGUGCUUUACUCUGAAUUUCCUGUGUGGUCUUGUUUAAUAUUUGUUCUUCUAGGUAAACUAGCAAAAGGAUGAUUUAACAUUACCAAAUGCGUUUCUAGCCAUUGCUUCUCUAAAACAGCACUAUCGAGGUAUUUGGUAACUUGCUGUGAAAUGACUGCAUCAUGCAUGCACUCUUUUGAGCAGUAAACCUAUAUUGAUGUAACUGUGUCAGGAUUGAGGAUGAGCUCAGGUUUCCGGCUACUGACAGUGGUAGAGUCCUAGGACAUCUCUGUAAAAAAGCAGGUGACUUUCCUAUGACACUCAUCAGGUAAAUUGAUGCUUUCAGAUCCAUUGGUUUAUACUAUUUAUUAAAACCUUUCUGCUUGGUUCCACGAUCAUCUAUUGAGUGUACAUUUAUGUGUGAAGCAAAUUUCUAGAUAUGAGAAAUAUAAAAAUAAUUAAAACAAAAUCCUUGCCUUUAAACGAAAUGGCUCAGCCAGGCACGGAGGCUCAUGCGUGUAAUCCUAGCACUUUGGGAGGCUGAGAUGGGAGGAUCACUUGAGGCCAAGAGUUUGAGACCAACCUAGGUAACAAAGUGAGACCUCCCUGUCUCUACAAAGAAAAUCAAAAAAUUAUCUGAUCCUGGUGGCACACAACUGUGGUCCCAGCUACACGGGAGGCUGAGACACAAGGAUCACUUGAGCCCAGAAGCUCAAGGCUGCAGUGAGCCAACUUCACACCACUGCCAUUUCCUCCUGGGCAACAGAGCGAGACCCUAUCACAAAAAAAAAAAAAAAGAAAGAAAAAAAGAAAAUGACUAAACUGAAAUGGUCUUAGUCAAAAAAUAUAAACAGACUUAUUUUUAGAAUCCUUUCAACUUAUUUCCUUCUUACCUGGUUCAGAAAUAAGUUUGUUUCAACUGUGAGAGUAGUUUUAAAAAUAAGUUUUCCUGAUUGGUUACCAAUAAACACCAAACAAAUAAAGGAGGGGGAAAACAUCACUUGAGGCUUAACAUUGCAAUUAAUUUAGAAAUAUGCACCUCAAUCUGAAGCCAAUUUAUAACUACCAUAGUUUUGAGCAAAAUUUUUCUUCUAUUUCUCCAAAAACUCACUCAUUUCAGUAUUACUCAUUGACACUGGGCUCCCUAAUAGAAAAGCAGAUAUUAUAAUAUUUCAUUGAAAUGGUUACUAAAGGGAAAAAGAGAUUAACAACAGUUAAUGUACCUUGAUAUUAUAACACUCAAGGUUAAAUUGCAUGUUGUUAUUGGAAUCAAUGUUAGAUAUAUGACUACAAUGCUGAAGCAUUUCUAUUGAAUCAGAAACAGUUUUUGCCCUAAACCUUUGGAAAAAAAUACAGAUUUGAAAACUAAAGAAUGUGGGAAGUGUCAUUGUGUAAUUUGGAAAUGCAUAAAAUUCUCAUUAUGUCCUCAUAGAUAUGUUGAAAGAUGGUUCACUCUUUCAAAGAUAGAAUGUAUAAUAUGCUGCUAGUACCAAGGCUGCAUUUGAACUGAACUACUCCUUAUGAUACCAUACUAACUGAUGAAAAUAUAAAUGUUAAAAUGUCUCCGCUCUAAUGUAUUUUGCCUUCACUUAUAACUCUGCACAUUUCAUUAUAUAUUAGGGAAAAGAUUACAGAUUCUACCCCCAUAUACUCAAUCUUGAUCAGAAUGAACAUUAAUGUUGCCUGAUAGAUGUCUUUUGACUACCUAUAUAUUACAAAUGUGUACGUGUUUUUUUCUUCCAUAAGUAUCUAUUCAAAUGUAUACUGUACAGGCAAAUGUGUAGCUGUAUAUAUGUACAGACAUGUUCUCAUGCACUUUAUUCAAUAUUUAUAUAUUUAUAUGGACGAAAAGCAAGUCAAUGAAAACACUCAGUAUAUACACAUGUGUGCAUGUUUGUAUCAUGUUUAUUUAAAUGUGAAUUCAUGUUCUAAUAUUUCUAUGACCUUCCAUUGCUGCAAAGGAGAUUAAAGUGUAACAAAAAUAUCAGCUCUUUAAAUAAACUGGAAUUUAAUCUAAUUUUGUGGAAGAACUUUUAUGACAAGUCUCUGAGGGUGGCGAAAACAAUGGUCCACAUAUAUAGUUUCUUGAUCGUAAAUAAAAUGGUACCUUUGGGCCCUUUG